AUGCAUUGGCAGCGGGAGCUUCUCCUCCUCACCACCUCCAUCGUCACCGUCUUUGGAGCUGCCGCUACGGCUGGUGCUCCCAAGAUCAUCAUCGACAACGACUGGGGUGCGACCGCCUACAUCACCUUCCUCCUCGCCAUCGACGCAGGUUGGGACGUCCUCGGACUCGUCGGUGACACGGCCAACACCUGGUCUCGACAGGCCAGUCUCCAUGCCCUCGCCCUGCUAGAGGCUGGGAACCUAUCCUGCAUCCCGGUCCACAAAGGCGCCGACUUGCCUCUCCUCAACACGGCAGAGACAUUUCAACUCUGGGAGGACCUUCAGGGACCGCUUCCUUGGCAUGGUGUAUUCGCAAGGGAAAAUGCCACUGCCGAAGCGGCAGGCAGUGACCCGACAUCCGGCGACCCUUCGCGUGUCGUGCGCGAGGCCUUCGUCGAGGGCUACCCCAACAACACCCUCGCCGGCGAGCACGCGGCCGCCUGGAUGGUCGAGCAGGUCCGCAAGUACCCUGGCGAGGUCCUGAUCUACAGCGGCGGCGCGCUGACCAACGUUGCCCUCGCCGCACGCUUGGACCCCGAAUUCGCCUCGUUGACAAAGGGUCUCGUGGUCAUGGGCGGUUACGUCGACGUCUGGCUUCUGCACACGAGCGGGUCGCUUCUCCUGGCAGACAUCAAUUCUGACCUCAACUUAAAGAUUGAUCCCGAGGCCGCCCAGAUUGCUCUCACUUCCAAGUUUCCCAACAUAACUCUCGUUGGAAAUGGUGCCAACCAAGUCUUCCCGGAGAGGGACUUCAUCGACAAUCUCUACAAUGACCACAAGAACGUCUACACAGAGCUCUUCUACAAGUACUACGACGUCACACUCCCAUACUGGGAUGAGCUCACCAUCUUUGCGAGCUUGUAUCCCGAGCAUGUGACGAACCAGACAUCUUUUCUCGUCAGCGUCGACACAGCCUGGUCAAGUCCGUUCUACGGCAACAUCAUGGUCUACCAGGAGCUCUUUGCGCCGAAAGCCCAGAAACUCCGAUACGUAGACUACGUCUACCAGAUCAACCAGACCGCUUUCCUGUCAUCCCUGGAGAGUGCCCUGAAGUGCCCACGAUGCGCUACCCUGUGCAAGUAA